AUGGACCAUUGGGCAUUGGAUGUUGCUGCCUUUCUGGGCAAUUUGGGUUUAAAUUGUAGGUUUUCCUCCGGGGAUUUGACGGAAUACGAUGAUGCCAACGGAGAUCCUCAGCAGCAGCAGCAACAACAACCGCAGCCUCCUCCAUCAUCGACUCAAGUUCAUCAACAGCCGGCCUUGCCACCACGGCCUGCUCCAGCUCCGGCUCCUCCUGGUCCCAGCACCAGCAAUCAGUCGCUAUCAUCUAGUCAACAACAGCAGGUGGGGCCAACAGCGGCAGCAGCAGCAGCAGGAGCGACGGCGGCUGCCGCCCAGCAACCGGAUUUAUCGUUGCCGCUGAGACCCAACAGCCGGACCACGAGUGCGCCCACUUCACCGGCGAAAUCACGCGAAUCUUUACUUCAACGAGUUUCCAGCUUGACGUCCAACGUCGUUAGCAAUGUCAGCCGCGUUACUUCGGCCCAGAUUCAACAGCAGCAGCAGACGGCCGAGAGUGGCAAGUUGCCGUACAACAAGGACCGCUGCUUCACCUUGUUGGUCAUUGACGAUCAAAAUACCGACUGGUCGAAGUAUUUCCGAGGAAGACGGAUUCACGGCGACUGGGAUGUCAGAGUGGAGCAGGCGGAAUUCCGUGAACUAUCCAUCACGGCCUCAACCGACAACGGGGCCACUGUUUCCAUGGCCGUUUACCGCAGCGGCACCAAAGUCGUCAGAGCUUUCCGGCCGGACUUUGUGCUGAUUCGCCAGAACAUGCGUGACGCUGGUGAGGACUACAAAUCCAUCGUGCUGGGUCUCAAGUUUGGCGGCGUGCCGAGCAUCAACUCUUUGGAGGCUGUCUAUCAUUUCCAGGACAAGCCGUGGGUGUUUGGCCAUCUGCUGGAUCUGCAACGUCGCUUUGGCCGUGAACAAUUCCCCUUGAUCGACCAGACUUUCUACCCGAACCACCGCGAAAUGAUGUCGGCUCCGCGGCUGCCGGCCGUCCUCAAGAUCGGCCACGCUCACGGCGGACUCGGCAAACUCAAAGUGGAAACGCCGUUGGAUUUCCAAGACGCCGCAUCCGUCGUCGCAGUUUCCAAUUCUUACUGUACCGUGGAGCCUUACGUGGACUCCAAGUUCGACAUCCACAUCCAGAAGAUCGGCAACUAUUACAAAGCCUUUAUGCGCAAGUCGAUUUCGGGCAACUGGAAGACCAACCUGGGCUCGGCCAUGCUUGAGCAGACACCCAUGACGGACAAGUACCGCGGAUGGAUCGAGGCCGUCGCAGCCCAGUUCGGGGGUCUCGAUCUCUGCGCCCUGGAGGUCCUGGUGGCCCGCGACGGACGCGAGAUCAUCAUGGAGCUCAACGACUGCGCCCUGCCGCUCCUCGGAGACUCGCAAGAAGAGGACCGCCGUCUCAUCUCGGAGCUCGUUCUCCACCGCAUGAACACUCAAUGUCGGCCACCAGGGAUGCCUGCCGGUCCGAGCGCCGGUCCGGCGUCUAUGCCGAACGCCCAAUCACGUCAUUCGAUUACAAGCGGAAGUCGACCGGAAUCCCCGGCGGAUAUGGAACGAAGCAGCUCUGCAAUUCCGCCAGCCCUGGCUGGUGAUGAUACCGGAUCGGUUGGCUCCGCUUCUCAGCCGACGUCGUUGCAACAACAAUCGUCUCGUGACGUCUUGGGCGGAGGCAAUCCAUUUCUCACUCGACGCGGGACCGAGGACGGGACACCCGUCACUGCCGGAUCAUUGGCCCGUUCCUUCUUCACUCGCAGUUCAUCGCAACAAGCCCAGGAAGGAUCUGGCGGAGGUACCGACGACGGCGAGGACACGAUGAAGAAUCUGCGCAAAACAUUCGCCGGAAUCUUUGGUGACAUGUAAACAAAAAAAUUAAACGGAGACGAGGGCCGGUGGAUUUUGCGCAAAUGAAUUUGAAAAAACGUAUAACGCGGAUCUCGGGAGAUGUUGCUGUUGAAUCUCAUCAAGAAAGUGUAUCCAAUUAUCCUCCACCCUAAAAGUCACCCAAGCAGUAAACCCAACAUUAGAAAGAUAUUUCAAUGUUAUUCAAUACUUUCUCUCUCUCUCUCUCCCUUCUUAUUCUUUCUCUCAUCAUUCUAUACAUUUGCGUGUUGUUACAUUCACGGUUUCUUCGCUAUUCCCAAAAGCCAGACCAUCAAUCAAUAAAGAAACGGUGAAUAAGCUACCUACACAACGAGGGCUGGAAGGCAAAAAGAAGAAGAAAAAAACAAAUUUACAAUUCUUUUUUUAUUAUUAUUAUUAUUAUUAUUACUGACCGAAGAAAGAAAAGAAAAAGAAGCGAAAAAUUCUUUUGAAAAACAAAAGAAAAACAGACAUUUUCUCUCCUCGAAUAAUCGAUGUACCUUUUCCACCUUUUUAAUGCCCGUCUUAGUUCGUUCUAGAGUUUUGCAUGCACAUCUUUUUCAUCUUGAAUGGUACUCGAACUUGGAUCGAAAGAGCUUCGAUGAUAACAUCGGCGGUUAUCACGAAUCUACUACAGUUUCUUUUUAAAUUUUUUAUUUUUCAAUGUUUUCGUUUGUUUCUCUAUUUUAGCGGCAUCAAACAAACACACGAUUGAGAGACGAUUGCUUGUUAUGUACUACUACUAUCGCUUUGGAGAGAUCGGGCAAAGCGCGUUUUGUUAUAUCACCCCAGCCAUUUCAAAAAGGAAAUUUGUUCCAUUGUGUUAUUUAAUAUCAAUCGACUGACGUUGGCUUAUUCUCCCACUUUUUUUGGUUUUAAAUGAAUGUCAAUUCUAUAUCAAUCAUGUUAACAGGUGUGUGUGAGUGUGCUAAUAACCGUUUUUCUCCCCCCCAAAAAAGUACAGCCUACUUUUAACCAUCAUGCAAUACAGAAAAGUCGGGAUGUGUUUUGUGCAUUGACGUCGGUGGCCAUCAUUUUGAUGCGAGACUGAUGGAGAGAGAAAAUUGCCUAUAGCCGAGACUUGCCUACAAAACACCGUUUGGGUUAAAGAAUGGCUGGUUAAUUGUGUUUACUUCGUGUCUGUUGUUGUUGUUGUUGAGUUAACGAAUCCCCCCAAGACUUUCUCGCUUUUUGUCACUGGAGAAUAUAGGAUGUGGAAGAAGA